AAACUCGGCCUGCAUGUUGAGUAUGAGGGCAAAACAUCUGUCUUUAGUGACCCCACUGCGUGGGUGGAGGAGGUGGAGAAUGAGGAAGAUGGCACUGUGCGGCUUUCACUCAACACACAGGUGUGUCUUUUUGGUGACUUUUCCGUUUCGCUGCUGCGUUACGAACCCCUGCCACCGCCCCUACAAGGGCAUGGAGAGCCACCGAGGAGAGUACGCUUGCUUGCCCGCUGUGCGUUCAGUACGGUGUUUCUCCACCAGGAGACUCAUCACAUUCGUGCCCGAGAUAUGGAUUAUGCCACACAAAAUAACCUCCCAAGCGAUUCCUUCAUGUUGCUACACUUUGAAAAAAUGGAUCCUCUAUCAGGGGAUGAUGCGUAUAUUGGACAAAUAACGCAACGCGUUGAACAGUCCCCACGACGCCAGAUGUUUCUUCUUGGGCCUGGCCCACUUGCCUCACCAGACCGCUUUCAUGAUUAUUCUGGUAGUUAUUAUGACGAUGAGUACUCUACGGGUGGUGUAUACUACCGGGCUGAUGGAGUGUACCGUCAGAGCUGCGGUCGUGGACGAAGUGUAGAGCGUUCAUUGUCGCGCAGAAUGCCUCCGCUUAUUCUCCUACUUGAAGAAGAACGGCGCUACCAAGACGAGGAUGAUCUGGUGUCCUCACCCGAUAAACUUGAGGAUAUACAGCAGAGUGAAUUGUUGAAUAGUGAUCCCUCACGCCACCCGUCAGAACAACAUCUACCUCCUCCACCUCCUCCACCUGGUGGUAAAGGUAUACCUCCUCCACCUCCUCCACCUGGUGGUAAAAGUAUACCUCCACCUCCUCCUCCACCGGGUAGUGAUAGUAAAGGUAUUCCUCCACCUCCACCUCCUCCACCUGGUGGUAAAGGUCUACCUCCUCCACCUCCUCCACCUGGUGGUAAAGGUCUACCUCCUCCACCUCCUCCUCCACCGGGUAGUGAUAGUAAAGGUAUUCCUCCACCUCCACCUCCUCCACCUGGUGGUAAAGGUAUACCUCCACCUCCUCCUCCACCAGGGGGUAAAGGUAUACCUCCACCUCCUCCUCCACCAGGGGGUAAAGGUAUACCUCCUCCACCUCCUCCACCUGGUGGUAAAGGUAUACCUCCACCUCCACCACCGGGUAGUGAUAGUAAAGGUAUUCCUUCUCCUCCUCCUCCAGGUAAUGCACCACCACCACCACCACCACCCAUAUCCUCUCAAGUACCAGCUCCACCAGUUCCAGCAGUUGUGAAGUCUGUUCCGGUGAAACCAGUAUAUACAGGGCCUAAGUUAAAAACGUUUUUCUGGAAGAAACUUCCUCGUGUAAUGGGCAUAUGGAAUCAUGCUGAUCCUUCCCUUAUCAAGAAAAUAGUUGAUGAGAGGUUUUUACUCGCUAUGUUUGAGAUUCGUAAGAAAGUCUCGCCGGCUGCUACUGGUGGAGAAGUACAGGAGCCUAAGAGAGAGAGUGCGCGUAAAAGCAGUGCUUUUAGUAUUCAACGUCGGCAAAACAUUGCUAUUUCUCUUAAGAAACUUAGAAUACCAGUGAAUGAUUUGUGUUUGGCCUUGAUAGAAUGUGAUGAUACAGUGCUUACGUCCGAAACGUUAGAGUCACUAUUAGGUGUCAUUCCUACAACUGAGGAAGAAUCAGUGCUUAUGUCUGAACGAAAUGUUCCUGAUAUAGCCUGGACCGAUGUUGAAGAGUAUAUGUAUAAGCUUUGUAGUACUGUAAUUGAUGUGCGUGAACGUGUUUCUCUUUGGCUUGCCUCUACAGAAACUGAAGAACUUAUAUCCUUUACAGAGGAGCGAUUUGAUAUGAUAGAGAAGGCUGUAGCAAUAGUAACGAAUAAGACCUCUAUGUUUGCUUGUACCCUUCGAGCUGUGUUAGCUAUCGGAAACUUUAUGAAUCGAGGUAGCGCUCACGCAGAUGCUGUUGGAUUCCGUCUUGAGAGUUUAAAUCAAAUGAACUUUGUUAAAGCAGUAGAUGGUAAAACGAGUAUGUUGGAGGUUCUAGUUGUUUCUUUACUAGACCGUGGAGUAGAACUUUUAGGAUUUGUAGAUGAAGUAAGGUUUUUAGAGGAGCUUUCUACUGUAAAUGUACAAGAAGUUGGUCGGAAUGUAGCUCAGUUAAAUUUCACAUUACAAAAGAUGCGACGAGCCGUGGAAGAGUCAAAAGCACCAGAAAAUCAAAGAAAAAAACGUAUCAUGACACUUCCAGAUGGUGUAGUAGAUGCAUUCCCUGAAAAAAUGGCUUCACAUGUCUCAAAGUAUCUUUCUCUAGUUUCAAAACUUGCUUUACGACAUCAGAGACUAAAAGAUGAUGUUUCAGAAAUGUUAGAGAGUUAUGGAGAAGAUCCUACUUUAGAUGAAACGACGGUGUGGAGUUAUAUCACACAAUUUCGUACAGAUGUUGAAAGUUUUCUCAGGCGAGCGGAGGUGGAGGAUUUGGAUAAGAAGACUCUUAUGGCAUCCGUUGGGGUGCUUCCAGAUAUGAUAGCUGAAGUAAAGAAGGAAGAUGAUAUGCAGGAUAUAGAUAAAACACUAAAUUCUCAUAAUAGUACUGCAACCGCUACUGUUAAAAGCAGAAGCAAUAGUAGAAGUAGAAGCAGUAGAAGAAGCAGAAGUAUGAGUAAUAGCAGCUGUGAGUGA